CACCAGCACAACCCCUCGGUAGAAAUUCCUCCAGAGUAAAGAGCUGGCCGAUCCUCGUAGCUGCAGGAUCAAGGUGUUCGGUCCGGACACGAUUCAGUGAAAUUAUUCGUUGCGAGAUGUUUGCCGAGGCGACGACGAGACGAUGUUGUUUUGGGUGGACCAUGGGCGUGUGGGAGAGGGUCUCCAGGUGUCCACAGGAUUUGGUGGUGCUUGCUAGAGAAAUCCAGGCAGUCAGCUGUAGCAACGAUGAAGGGGCCAUGGUUCACUCCCGUCCGUUGAAGCGUUCGUCGAACAAAAUUGCGCAUCUCUGUCUCAUAUCGCAUGGCGCGGCACCUGUUUGUCCGAUGUGUGUGGUCCUGCAGCGCACGAAACUGCGACCAGAAAUCUUUGGUUGGUUUUGGUUUUGCCAGCUGGCUCGAACUUGUGCCAGGAUCGUAGGAAUGGCUCCGUUGCCGGUAAAAAAAAAUAGCAAUGAGAGAGACCAGGAGGCUUCGAGUCUUGCGUCUUUCUGGUUGUUUUGUACAUACAUAUGUCCGACAGCGGCGUUAACGGUCCGUCCGUUGAAGAUACCCACUGGCUGCAGUAUAAUGACACCCCGCAAUUACCCCGAACACAUACCAGCAACUUUUCCUAUUAUCAUGUUGUGUCGUGUCGUGUCGGGCACUGUUCUUGCCGAUGCAUGCCGCUUUGUAUUCUGAGCUUUCUUUCCAUCAGCAUCGGGAAGCUUGAGUACGGAUGACACCUUACUCGUAGCUAUCGGACUUCC